CAGCAGUACAGCGAGCCAGCCUCGCCGCUUUCGCACCGCUUUUGCUUCGACCCAGCCUUCACGCCUUGUCCAUGUGGUGUCGAGCAGUUCUAUUCGGCCUUUGAUGGUGCAAUUUCGACCAUGGCUGCCAUAUCUCCGGGCUACCGUCUCGGCACCUCGCGCCGGGCGAAGAAAGCCACCGUUUCGACGAAACGACACCGCUUCGAGCCUUUUACAAAGCGAAUAGCACAGUUGAGGAUUGACCCUGUUCAUACCGUGUCAAGAGUCAGGCCUUCAAACAAUGACGGAGACGAUCUACAAAGCUUUUUCCACACCUCUUUGGAAGGGUGGAUGGAAUUGAACUUGUCCGCAACAUUCACCAGCUUCCUCACCCAGGCGAGUCCACUUUGCGAAAAUCUACCCCUGCUGCUUCACCACGCAGACACCAUCUUCGAGCUCCUCGUCGAACACAUCGAAAAGCGAGACGAACUCGCUCUCGAACCUCUACUCAGUCUCCUUGCCCAACUUGCCCAUGAUCUCGAUCAUGGUUUUGAACCAUACUUCCCAAAAGCUGUACAACUGGUUGCGCAGAUUGCUGCCACUGAUGAUAAGACUGAGGUGGUUGAAUGGUGUUUCAACUGUCUUGCGUACAUUUUCAAAUACCUAUCCAGAAUGCUGGUGCAAGAUCUACGACGCCUGCUCGAUGUCAUGAUGCCCUACCUAUCCUCCAAGAAAGACUACGUCGUUCGGUUCAGCGCAGAAUCGCUUGCGUUUUUGCUGAGGAAAGCCGCCAUGCAGUUUCCCUCAGACAAGGCACCCCUGCGUCUCGCUCUCAAGCAUCUUUUGAAGGGAUUUCCGCAGCAAGACGGUGCCGCAGCCAUCAGUCCAUAUCAACUCGGCGUCAUGAGUCUGUGCGUCGAGAGUGCCCGCGGGGUUGAACCACAGUUGCAUUCGUGUGCUGCAUCCCUGGUACAGUGUCUACUGGACUGCGCUCUCCCUAUGAGUCAACAACCCCAAGUUCAGUCAACCGUGGACGGUGUUCUGGUUGCCCUCCUCCAUGAGACAAAUGCCGAAACAAUUCUCCCGGUCCUGGGGGUCGUCCUGGAUACUCUUGAGAGCUCUAUGGCUUCCGAGGAGGCCAGCCAGUUGUCUUUCGCUCUCAGGCUUUUCUUGGUUGUCAUAGGGACCCAGGGAGGAUCGAGUAUUAGUGCAUGGAAGAUCUGCAUCGAGGCCUUUCAAGGGGUAGCUGCAGCCGCAUGGCGUCUCAAUGAGAACAGAAUGCACCUCAAUUCGCGUCUCGCAAUCAUCAUUGCCACGAUAGUUCAAUAUGCGUCGUCGCCACAGGUGUAUCCGCGACCAGCACUUCAUACUCCAGCAGAGUUGUGCCAGAAUGUGUUGGACUCGGCUGAGGAGCACUUUUCGCCGCGCGAGUUCUAUGCCUUCGCCACUGCUUGUGCGGAGCUUGGCAGGGACAGGUUCAUUGAACUUGUCCUUCCAAGACUCCAGAAAUACAUUUGGGAACACUGGUCUGAUGAUGAGGUGAGUCUUUACUACAUGCUGGAGAGACUACAACAGAAUAAGAUCGGCUUCGGUGAGUCUGCAGAUGCCCGGUCAAUAAACUGUCCUGCGGACUUUGGAGAUUUCAUCCUGAAUCAGCUACCGAUGAAGGAAGAUGAGGAUGCAUCUACAAUAGAACAACUUGCUGGGCGGCUUCGCUUCUCCAAGGCUGCUCUCCUUCUCGGAAGUUCCAAGGAUACUGCUAGAUCCCUUGAUGCCUUUCACAAUCUGCUCAUCCACGUCUUGGAAGACAUCAGGAGCGAUCUUGACCUUCGUCAGCGCACAGUUUUGGGCUGGGGCUUUGACACCUACGUCGAAAUCGCACCCUCUGAUGACCAGAGGCUCAAAGACCUUGCUUCACUUAUUCCAAAAAUGCCUGCGAUUGUUUUCCACCUACCGGCUUUUGUGCAUGCGAUCGGCCGUCUGCUUCGGAAAGUUGCUGCAGUUGACGGGGUAGAGUCAAGCCUCUUCGACAACGUCCGCUACACCCUCAUGCAGAAUCUAUUGUCAACGUCCCCCAGCUUGAAGAAAGGGUCUGCGGAAUUGCUCCUUGCCCUCGGUGGGCGGGAUACCAUGAUGUGGCUUGCAGAAACCAUUCGCCUGGUUCUGGAAAUUCUUAACACUCCAUACACUCCUGCCCACGCCCGAAAGAUUGCGUUCUUACUGAGGCGGAUUCUGCACCAACAAAAACAUAUACCAGAAGGCUCUUCGUUCCAGGAUCUGAUCCCGUUUUUCUUAUUUGGCUUGAUGCCCUGUUACCAUGACCAAACAAGAUUGGAAGUUUGCAACUUUCUCUCUCAAAUGGUGCAGACGACACCGUCCGAAGAAACCAUAGUCAACCUUGCCGUGCAGUGGCUUCAGUCACCCGCAGAUUUGAUACAAUCGCCUCAAGAAGAUUCACAGGUGGCAAAGUCGACACUGUCUUCCUUUGAAUGUCCAAUGCUUGCGCAUCUCGACUCCUUGUCCUCAUCAGUCUCAGACGAUUUCGAAAACUCCACCGACAGAUUCCGCACCAUGAUUGAAGACGAACACCGGCUAGAGAGUCCAUCAAGAACGCCUCAGGGAGCUCGAUCACUAGCUCUCCAGGUAUUAUCCGUGAUGCCAGGCUCAGCCGAGCGCCGGUCUCGUUCAUGGGUUCCUAUCUUCCUCGCUGCGCCUUUCAGCCGCGCUCAACUACAACCAAAGCCUAGCUCGGACGCUUCUGCGUCAUCGCACACGUUGAGUCCUGAUCUUGAUGACCACGAAUGGUCUCUGAGAGACAGGAAGGCGAUGUUGGCCCUGUUCGGCCAAUUCCAGAACCCUAGUGUCCUCUACAGAUCUUCCGAAGUCUACGAAAAACUCAUCGAUCUUUUGAGCAAUGGGAACGAGGACAUCCGAAAGCUCGCUCUUCAAGCAAUCUUGACCUGGAAAGAUUCGGUUCCCGGCGGUUACCAGCCAAUACUACUCCAAUUAGCCGAUGGGAAAUUGGACGCAUCCGCCAUAAGUAAAUGGCUGACCACUGACGAGGGAGAGAGUUCUGUCCGAUCAGUGGAUCGGAGCACUGUCCUUCCUGUUGCCCUCAGGCUUGUCUUUGGUGUAAUUGUGGGCCGAUCAGGGACGUUCGGGUCUCAAGACGCUAGGAGGAAAUCGUUGUUGCGUAUUCUCCUUCGAUUACCUGAGAGCGAAGUCUCAUUGUUCCUUGACAUUGCUCUUGGCAAAUUGAAAGAUGUCAAGGUUCAAGCAACCGCUCCGAAUCUCGCGAGCCUCGACCAAGCAUAUAUCCCGGAGGACCAGCAAUAUGGAUUUCUCCGAUUAUUGUUGUCAAUGCUGGAGACAUUCCAGAGCCGAUUUGCUCCCUACGGCGAACAGGUUGUCGACGCAGUUGUCUUUUGCGUCGCCAAAGCUUCUCAUCAAGGUCAAAAUGCGGUCAAGCAGACCGGUACAGGGGCAUUAUCAAGGAGUAUACGGCGAACCGGCUUCCAAUGUCUCGUCCUUCUCUUUGAACAUUGCCAGGGCGUCGACUGGCCUGCAUACCUUCGCAGUCUCUUUGCUGAUGCAAUAAGUCCGCGGCUCGACAUAUUCGCUUCAGAGACGAGCCAGGGUAUUUCUGGAUUGCUACGUCUGUUUGCGUCUUGGGCUCAUUCUUCUGAUUACAUUGGCUAUUUGGGCGAGUACGAUGGGCGAGUUCCAGGAGUCAUGUGGCAGGCUCUAACCGCGGAUUCCACGCCAGACUCAGUGAAGCUGUUCAUACUCAACGAGGUUGUCUUGCCGUGGGCUACCCUGUCUGAAGAUGGAUCCCCUAUGCCAAACAAAGCUCGUGACCUUCUCAAAAUCGAGUCAGAUGGCCUAUUGACGGCUCUCGCAGCUAUGCUCGAGCGGACACCUCCCAGGCCGAUUCUUGCUGCAAUAACAAUCAUCCUGCCCAAGGUCGCCCUAUUUGUGGAGUCUCCACAGUCUCGGCAGUCCAUUGUCAGGUUGUUGACGACUCUUCUUGGUGAUGAUGGGCUCAAGAUACCUCCAAUUGUCAGAAGUCAGCUUCUCCUUUCGGUCCAGAGUUUUCUGGCUGUCGAUGCCACUUUGGAUCAAAGUUCACACCUGCAACUUCUAGCCUUGAUUUCGUCUUUGUUCAAUUUCUUCAGGGACCGAGCUAACCGUCAAUUACUAUGCGACGUCUUGGAAAGACUGGCUACUUCAGACGAAGAUCUAGCUCGGAUCGCGCGGUUAUGCUCAGACCUCAAUGCCAUGUCCUCAGAACGACUCGAAAUGAUUGAUUACGAUAGACGGCUACAGGCUUUUCAAUCAAUCCAGACCCUGAAGUUCAACGGCAACGGUUCAAUGUAUCAGCCCAUCAUUUACAACUUGCUGUUCUUCGUCCGAUCCAGUGACGAUUUGACGAUACGGUCAAAUGCUUUGGAAUGUCUUAAACAGGUAAUUAUCAAAUCCUGUGAAUCCGAGAGCUCCGACUUGAACGACUCGAUCGUGAGCACUGUCCUUCCUGUAACCAAGAAAUGCCUGAGACAUGAAUCGGAGCUCGUCAGGGCAGAUUUCGUCACUGUCCUGGGCCUUCUCGUGCAGCAUGCACGCGGUGACAAGGAUUUGACGAACAUGACACCCCUCCUGGUUGGGAAUGAUGAAGAAGCGUCAUUCUUCUCGAACAUUUUGCAUAUCCAAAAACACCGUCGUCUUCGAGCCAUUCGACGCCUUGUCUCCGAGGUCGAGAAAGGGUCGAUCAACGCCGCCAACAUUGUGGAGAUUUUCAUCCCUUUGUUGAAGAUGUUCGCCCAUGACUCAAGCACGGAUGAGUCGGUGCAAAGCGCUAAAGGCGAGAGCAUCACUGCAAUAGGCACUCUUCUUCAAUGGAUUGACUGGAAAAACUUCAAGAUACUGUUCCGCAGGUACAAGAAUGACCUCGACGUAACCAGGGAGAACCAAAAGGCGACCAAUCGACUUCUCUCGUGUGCUGCUGAUGCAUUGAUAUCCGCGAGCAGCCACCGUUCUGAAAAAUCCGAAACAGAACAAGACCAACCGAUACCACAGCUCGCAGUGUCGCUUCCGGAAAAAGCCGCAGUGGGAGAGGAAUUGAGGCUUCACUACAUACCCAAACUUGCCGAACUUGUCCAUUACAAAGACGAGACCGAGAUAAGUACGCGUCUACCCGUCGCGGUGGUCGCGAUCAAGCUUAUCACUCUGCUGCCAUUACACGAGAUCCCAGUCCUCGCUGCGCCAGUAACCCUCGAUAUCGCGCAGAUCCUCAGAAGCAGAGCUCAAGAAUCCCGGGAUGCCGCGCGCAAAGCUCUUUGCGAAAUCGUUCUCAUGCUCGGUCCCGGCAGUCUGCAAUUCGUGCUUAGGGAAAUGCGCACAGCUCUCACCAGAGGGUAUCAGUUGCAUGUCGUGUCCUACACCCUCCAUGCAAUUCUGGUAGCUCUGGUCUCUCAAAUCGAGCACGGUGAUCUGGAUUAUUGCUGCGAUGAGCUUGUCUCUGUUAUAAUGGAUGACAUUUUCGGUGCUGUGGGCCAAGAAAAGGACAAUCAAGACUAUAUCAGCAGCAUGAAGGAGGUCAAGAGCAGCAAAAGCUUUGAUUCAAUGGAGCUCCUGGCACGUUCAAUAAGCGUGCUGUCUGCCUCAAAGCUUGUGGCACCAAUUCAGACCAUUCUGUCUGGCACGCUAUCGGCCAAGCAAGUCCGACAAGUUGACGAGCUUCUCCGGAGGAUCGGCAGCGGUUUGUCACAAAAUCAGUCAGCUGGUCAGCGAGACGUCUUGACAUUCGCAUACCAGUUGAUUCAAUCGCUCUACCAACAGAAAAACACCACGCAAGUCCAAACGCCUACCAACGACGAGAAGAAUCGGCAGAGAUAUCUCGUCAGUCUGUCGUCGGCGAGCAAAAUCACUCUGACCCAAAAUUCAGCCUUGUUAUACAAAUUAGCUAAGUUCGCUUUGGACUUGGCAAGGUCUACUUUCCAGAGAUAUCCAGAAGUCCUUACUGCCGAGAACGUGCACGGCUUCCUUCCCGUUAUCGGAGACGCUUUGGUCGGAGGCCAAGAGGAUGUGAAGAUUUCCGCAUUGCGUUUAUUAUCUACCAUUACAAAACUGCCAAUGACUGAACUUGAGCAAGACUCGCCCUUGUACGUUAGCGAGGCUGUCAAGAUCGUGAGAAACUCAUCAAGCACCAACGAGGAAGGGGCGCAGGCUGCGUUGAAACUAAUAGCUGCGAUUCUGCGUGAACGCAAGAGUGUCGCGGUCAAAGAAUCAGACAUUGCCGAGCUUCUCCACCGCGUUGCUCCAGAUAUUGAAGCACCCGACCGGCAAGGAGUGACGUUCAACUUCAUCCGAGCAGUCAUGGGAAGGAAUAUACAGCUGCCGGAGCUUUACGAUCUCGCUGACAAGAUUGGAGCCAUGAUGGUGACAAAUCAGACAAAGGGGGCACGAGAUGUGGCAAGGGGGCUUUACGUCCAUUUUCUGCUUGACUAUCCCCAAAGCUCUUCAAGAUGGUCGAAACAACAGAGAUUCCUGAUGACGAAUCUCGAAUAUGAGCACCCUGAGGGCAGGCAAUCUGUCAUGGAAGCCAUCAAUACCUUGAUCGAGAAGAUGAAAGGAGAACCGGCACAGGAACUUAUACACGCGUUCUUCAUUCCCAUACUCCUUCAAAUGGUCAAUGAUGACAAUGAAGGCUGUCGACAGCUUGCUGGAGUCCUCCUGUCUCGGCUUUUCGCCCUAGCAGAUCGAAGCCGCCUGGACGAUGUCUUCGAACUUCUCGACAACUGGAUCGAGCAAGCGGAUAACAGCAAGUUAAAGAGACUCAGCAUGCAGGCAUACGCCGUCCUCUUAAACACGGACAUCUCUUUCACCGAGGACGAACUUGACCAGAUGCGGAGCAACAUUGCCAAAACCCUUGAGGCCACAAAAACGACCGACGAGGACGAUUGGGAACUCCGGUUCCAAUCGUUACUCCUACUGUCGAAGCUGGUGGGAUCGCUGCCAGCUACAGUAUUGACCCAGAAGCAGGCUCCUCUGUGGUCGCACGUGUGGUCAUCUCUAGUCCAUUCCAAUGCAUGGAUACAAAGCACAUCGGCCAGCUUGAUCAUUCAAUUCUUCAGCCAUUGUGUCUCGGCAGACCGCUCAAAGCUUCCGCUGGCCUGUGAUCAUGGCCUUUCUUUGGGUUCCAAAGAGUUGCUCGGCAUCUUGAAAACCUCUUCUCGAAUCUUGCGGCGUACAACCGGGAACGAUGAUCUCAGCACACAAAUGGAGCAGAUUCUUUUAUUUCUGGGUCAAUGCGUGAACGAAAACUCGCUGUCGAUCGAGGUUAACCAGAAGCCAAGCGAGGCGCAAGAGCCCGAGAAGUCUGAGGAGAGCGAUUUAGAAGAUGAUGUUAGUGCCGAAGGGAAGAGCACAAGGAUCCCAGCCACCCAAUACCUCCUCGAUCAACUCGCACGCACUAUCCGUACAGAAACGACUACACAGACAUCUGCGGGGCUACAUCCAAAGAAGUCAUCGCUUCGACUCCUCUCAAAUCUUAUCCCUGUUCUUUCCAUGCCCAACCUGCCCAAUGCGCAGGUCAAUGCCAUCCUGUUGCCGCUCCAGCAUAUGACUGACACCAACACGAAUGCCCCCCACUCCGCGGACCCGACCUUUGGUGCCACGUACCAGACUCUCAUCGAGCUCGCUCAUGAAGUUAUGGAGAAGCUGCAGAAGAAGCUCGGAGACGCCGAGUACGUCAAGGCAGUGACAGAAGUAAGCAAGAUCAUGCGCGAGAGGAGGGAAGAGCGUAGAACCAAACGACGAAUUGAGCGUGUGGCCGAUCCGGAAAAGGCAGCGCGAGACAAGAAGAGGAAGACGGACCGAAAGAGGGAGAGGUCGAGGGAGAUGGGGAGAGCACACCAGAAGAGGCGAAUGGAAGCUGGCAUGUGACGAAAGCAAUUUGCCCCGUAACGACUUUCCUGUGAUUGUUUUUGAUCGUUUUCAGCGUUGGAAUGUCUGAGGGCGUAAAUCAAGGAUAUGGAAAAUAAUGGGCCAGUGCCAGGAUCAAUCGGCCUGCGACAGCACAGCGUCGGAAUGUGUAGCUAGGUAGGAACACGCAUUCUAGAUGCAAGAAAAGGAACAGAGAAUUUUCGGGCUUUUUGA